GCAAGGCGAGAGGAGGUUUGCUCUCCCUCUUUCUCACACACACAUACAAAGUUUGGGAGUUUAAGAAAGUCAAAGGAACCACAACUUAGAAGCUGGAAGCCGAGCUUUAGGGCGCACGUUGCGAUGUAGCGGCCAGAGGAACUUAGAACAGUGACCAGCAACACUCCGCCCCAGAAUAAAAGGCACUGCACUCUGCUGAGGACCUGAAUGGCUCUGAAGAAGAUGCUGCGAGCCGUGUCUCGACCAUGAAGGCCAGCGACUCUGACACAUCGUAAUAGCCCGUCUAUGUGUGUGUUUUAAAUCAAGGCUGCACUUCUUAAUAAGCUAGGUGCCAGCAUGCAAGAGGAGAGGAACCUGCCCCGCCCCUCCCUCCCUUUCCCCCCAACUCCCAAUGGGAGGUCCUGCCGCUCAUCAUCUGGUUACGUCCCCGGCAGAGUGAUGCCCGUCCGCCCACCUCCUGCCCCCACAGUGAUCGGCCACUCCGUGCAGUGGUCUUCCUCCAAGGCAGAGAACCUAGCCACCUUCAUCGCCAGAGGGAGUGAGCAGUGGCAAGAGUCCGAGGCAGCAAGGAGCAGGAGGCGAGUGAAGAAUAGUCUUGUGUGUGUUGGCAUCUGCCUGGGAAUAUUUCUUAUUGUGUUGGCUGUUGUGUUUGGCACCAACCCUGGUCCCGAGCGAGAUGAGAACUGUCCAGACCACCAGCUGGGAUUUACAAACUGGGACCCAGGCCACAACGAGCAGAGGAGAGUUGUCAUCGGGAAGGGCGAUCGGUUCAGACUGGUUUCAUCAGCCACUCUUCAUUCCAUCAUCAUUCGUCAAGGAGGCGUGUUGGUCUUUGCUGACAGCAGGGAUGGUUCCAGAAACAUCUCCUUAAAGUGCAACUACAUCCUGGUGAAGGACGGAGGGGCGCUUCACAUCGGAGCUGAGAAGUGCCGCUAUAAAUCCCGAGCCACCAUCACGUUGCGCGGCCGGUCCGAUGAGGGCGAAGAGGUGCCAGGCUUUGGCAGGAAAUUCCUGGGGGUGGCCUCUGGCGGCACGUUGGAACUCCAUGGGGCCGCCAAGACAUCUUGGACGCUGCUGGCCAAGACCUUGCCGCCCUCCGGUCUGGAGUUCGGGUCAUAUGUUGAGAGGCCGGCCACCCGGGGUUUGAAUGUCCGUGUGGUGGACCAGGACACGGGGCAGGUGCUGCUGGCGGACCGGUUCGACACGCACGACUUUGCCAACGAAAGCAAAAGGCUCCAAAACCUGCUGCAGACCCAAGACUCUGGCAGAAUAAUCGCCAUUGCUGUGAGGGACUCUGCUGCCAAGAACCUGCUUCGGCAGACGAAGGAAACCAUUCAGGAGCUGCUUGGCAGUAGUCUCGUUCACAGCCUGAGUUACAGGCAAGCCUGGGCUUUGGUGGGUGUGAUUGGUGCUGGUAACACAUCUUGCAAUGAGUCUGUGCGAGACUAUGAGAACCACGAUACAAGAGGCAAAGCUGAAGCCCAGAAGGAGUUUGUGACAGUGGAUGGCGUGAAGUUUGCAGUAUCUGCAUCGAGUCAGUGGAAGAAAGGGAUUCCACAGACUGAGUUCCAGGUUGACGUGUCCGGGGGCUUGGUGUUGGAGCUGCUGGAUGAGGUGGAAGGCUGGAAGGAGGGUGAUCGGAUUGUCAUUGCCAGCACAGACUACUCCAUGCACCAGGCUGAGGAGUUCACCAUCCGUCGUUGCUCGGGGUGCGGAGCUCGGCAGGUGGAAGUCACAGGAAAGGCUCAGUUCCUUCAUGUGGGAGAAAUCAUGGACGGGAUAGACAUGAGGGCAGAAGUGGGAGUGUUGACGAGGAACAUUGUCAUUGAGGGGGAGAUGGAGGAUUCCUGCUAUGGAGACAACUGGUGUCAGUUCUUUAAGUACGAUACAUUUGGAGGGCAUUUAAAGAUUUUGAAGAACUUCACCUCUGUCCAUCUCUCUGACGUGGAGCUGGUGCACAUGGGUCAACAGGUGAUGGGCAGUUACCCUGUGCACUUCCACCUUUGUGGGGACGUGGAUAGACUCGGUGGCUACUCAUCGCCAACCUAUCUGAAGAGCCUUGCAAUCCAUCAUUGCUUCUCCAGAUGUGUCACAGUUCAUGCAACAAAUGGCUUGUUGAUUAGAGACACUGUUGGCUACGACACGCUGGGACACUGUUUCUUCCUUGAGGAUGGGAUUGAAGAGCGGAACGUUCUUUUCCACAACCUCGGGCUUGUCACCAAACCUGGCACUCUCCUACCCACAGACAGGAAUGAUGCAAUGUGCUCCUCGAUUCGGAAUAAUGUUUAUGGCAACUACAUUCCGGUCCCAGCGACUGACUGCAAGGCCGUCUCCACCUUCUGGGUUGCCAAUCCCAACAAUCAUCUCAUUAACAAUGCUGCUGCAGGUUCUCAGGAUACUGGGAUAUGGUACCUGUUCCAUAAAGUUCCAACAGGAGAAUCCCAUGGGUUGUUCACUGAAACCAAAGCUGAACUCACACCAUUGGGUACAUUCUACAACAACAGAGUCCAUUCCAACUUCAAGGCCGGUCUGUUCAUUGACAAGGGAGUGAAAGUUACCAACGCCAGUAUGGAUGACCCGAGGGAGUACCUCUGUUUAGACAACAGUGCCAGGUUCCGGCCUCACCAAGACGCUGAUCCACAGAAGCCACGGAUUGCUGCCCUCAUUGAUCGGUUGAUAGCUUUUAAAAACAAUGACCAUGGAGCUUGGGUCCGAGGAGGAGAUAUUAUAUUCCAGAACUCUGGGUUCUCUGACAAUGGAAUUGGCUUGUCAUUUGCCAGUGACGGAAGCUUCCCAAAGGAUGAAGGUUCAAGUCAAGUAAUCUCAGAAUCCUUGUUCGUUGGAGAAAGCAGGAAUUAUGGAUCUCAAGGAGGCCAAAACAAGUACUGGGGGGUUGGUGGAGUGGAAGGAAAAAAUCGUACCUUGCCCAGAGACAAGACCUUCCCAAUACGAGGAUUUCAGAUUUAUGAUGGACCAAUUCACGUCACCAAGACAACCUUCCAAAAUUACAUGGCAUCGUCAGUCAGAUUCACCAGUGCCAUCGGAUUCUUUCUGAAGAACCCGUGGCAACUGACUCCCAAGAACAGUUUCUCUUUGUUGAAAUUUGACACAAAUGUGGCCUUGCGAGUAUUUUUUGGCAAGCCAGGCCCGUGGUUUGAGGGCUACGAUCUUGAUGGCGACAAGAAUGCAGUGUUCCAUGACAUCGAUGGCUCGGUGACUGGUUACAAGGACACGUACGUGGGCAGGAUGGACAACUUCCUGGUCCAGCACCCGGACUGCAAGAACAUCACGUCCUGGUUUGGCUCGGUUUGCAGUGGGAAGUACGCUCAGGUUUAUAUACAGACCCGUCGACCCCAGAACCUAACCAUGACCAUUGUAAGAGAUGAAUAUUCCAAACAUCCCAUGACGCUUCGUGGAAUCAACCAGCGAGCGGACUUUCAGCAAUAUCAGCCUGUAGUGAUGCUCCAGAAAGGCUACACAAUCCACUGGAAUGGCCGGGCACCGGAGGAAACCUUCCUUUAUCUCAUAAACUUUAAUAAGGGAGACUGGAUCCGAGUGGGUCUCUGCUACCCAAAAGGAUCUGCCUUCCAGGUUAUGGCUGACAUCUACCAAAGGCAAAACUCAACAGCUCACGGUGUGGAGGAUUUCCAAGAGGUUGCUUCUCUUGAACAACUGCAGAAUAAACCAGGGGAGAGAAAAUACUACUUUGACAAUGGUACUGGGCUGCUGUUUCUAAUGCUCCAGGCCAGACAAGAUCGGGAGGGUCAUAGCUACUGCUCCACUCAGGGCUGCGAGCGGGUCAAGGUGGCUGCCAUGAUGGAGUCCCGGACAGUAAGCAACUGCAUGCCUGCUGCCUACCCCAAAUAUUCUGCACCUCCCACAGCCACCAUAGCAAUGCCACCAAAGAACUCGGGGAAGUGUGAAAACUGUGGAGCUUCUCAGCUGGCAUUUACUAGUGACCCGUACCAAACCUACCUCCGUGUGCAGAUCCAAUCUCUCGGGAGAACUGGGAUCCGGCAAGGCCAGGACAAGCCUUUUAUUUCUGUGAAUGGCACCAAGUUCCCAUUCUGGGACAGAUUUUUCAUGGUCACGGUUGAUGCCUGCAAUGGAAUGGUUACCCAAAAUGUAUCUUUCACCAAAGCUGAUGCAGUGAUGGCUCAUUAUCUGGAGACUGGGAUCUCACAAAGGUCAAUUGUUUUAUUAGGUUCAAAAGACACCAUCAGUGGGGAUAUUGAGGCCAUUUCUGAGAGACUGGUCUCAUUGGGCACUGCAAAACCUGCAAAACUUCACAAAAAAGAGAGCAUUGCCUUCUUUGGAUACAGAGGGGGCUCUCGCCCACUGUGGACUCGCCUCUACAGUAGCCCUGCUGGGCAGGGUCUGCCACUUCUGGAGAAGUACAUACCUCUACAACUGGAAAACUAUGGCUGCACUAGGGUUGACACCAUCCAAAGAAAAGAACUAGAACUUCUACACAAAGCUUUACAGUGAAUAUCAAUCUGAAUAAAUGUGACCUAACUUAUUUUA